UAGAUCUGGGCGCCCAUGGGGUCCCUGCGCGUUUUCCCUGCGUCUUGGACCGGACCGAGAGGCCACCUGGAGUUACUAGGGCCCAGGGAGGUGUUGCAAAUGGGAGUCAGAGCCACCGAGACCGGAACCUCCUGGUUCUAACAAGGCAUGGUGGCUCCCGCCUGUCAUCCCAGUGCUCGAGAGACUGAGGCAGGAGGAUUGCUACCGAGACCACGGAUGGACAGGAACCUCCCUGAAGGCGAAGGCCCAGUGCACGUGCCCUUGGGACACAUUGUGGCUAAUGAGAAAUGGCGUGGGUCCCAGCUGAUUCAGGAGAUGCAAGGAAAAAUUAAACUAGUUUUUGAGGAUGGCCUGACAUCUGCAGAUUUUUACCUGUCUAGCCGAUCUUGCAUUCUCUAUAUCACUGAAGCUGAUUUGGUGGCUGGAAAUAGCUACAGAAAGAGAAUUGUUCGUGUUAGAAAUUCUGGAAAUCUCCAAGGAAUUGUGGUAGUUGAAAAAACACAGAUAAGUGAACAGUAUUUUGCAGCUAUCCAGAAGUUUACUGUGCUAGACCUUGGGAUGGUAUUGCUCCCAGUGGCCAACCAGAUGGAAGCAUCCUGCCUCAUUGUCCAGUUGGUUCAAGAGCAAACCAAAGAGCCCAGCAAGAACCCUUUCCUCAGAAAAAAGCGUUCUAUGCUCUCUGAGCUGUCUCUUGUUCGAACAGUGCAGCAGAUCCCAGGAGUUGGAAAAGUUAAGGCUCCUCUUCUGCUCCAGAAGUUUCCAACCAUCCAGAGACUGAGUAACGCUUCUAUCCAAGAACUUGAAGGGGUUGUUGGACACACAGUAGCACAGCAAAUCCAUGCGUUCUUCAGCCAACCCAGGUGACAGCUGGCCUCACAUCUACCUGGCUUCCUUUAGACCACAAACUACAGGAUCUGGUUUUCAUAUUUUAAAACACAAGAAGAAAAGAUUACCUCUCAUGGCAAUCAGUGAAAGACAAGGUGCAGACUGAUGUCUUCUGGGCCCAGCGGCUGUGACUGGCACUGCCCACAUUCUGCUAAGGUAAAAAGGACCUGUGGGGAUUGUCUGAAGAGUGCCAGAGACUCUCAUUCUCAGCACAACUCAGAGCAGAUUUUUAUGAGUCCGUCAUCAAGUGGUCUUGAUAAGUUCCAGGUGACUAAUGUCACCAAGGGAAACCAGCCUACAGUGAAGCACCAUGUAGAAAGCCAUUCCUGGUUCAGGUUCAUGUCUCACCUCCUGUACCUGUGCUCUGGGACUGCAGCCAAUGUAAACAAACAAGUGUGAAUACACAGGCAUUCAAUGGUGCCUUUAUGCCUCCUGUCUUCCCUUCAGUCCCCCUUCUUCUUUCUCCCCCUUCUCAACACAAUAAAAGCAUUUUGUGCACUAGACGAAUAAUAGUGUGAAGGGAGGAAUUAAAGAGAAAUAACGACAAAAAGUUACUAACUCAAGUAAGUGAAUAUGAAUGUUUAUUUAAAUACUUAUAGUUUCCUAAAGAUAUUGCACAAUAGAAAAAUAGCCAAAUCCUUGUUAAUUCUCACAAUAAAAUCAAUAGGCUGUCUUUAAGCUACACCACUUACAC